CCGCGUCCGAGGAGCCGCGGAGCGGGCGGCGGGCGGGGAGCCUCGGCGGCCGGGAACCGGACGACGCGGCCGCUCGUCGCGAGCUGCUCGCGAGCUGGGAGACCCUGCGCCCCCGCUCCCGGGCCCCCGCCCCCUCGCGGUCCCCGCCUCCUCGCCUCACACACCCCCCGGGCCGCCGGAGCCCAGGCCUUCCCGGCGCUCCUCCUCUUUCUCUUUACACUCUGCCCGCGACCCGGGUCCUCCUGCCGUCCGCCGGCCUUGCUCCCUCCGGGCCGAGUGCUGGUUCUCAGGCGCUGCUUACCGCUCACGCCGGCUCUCGGGGCCGCCCCCUCCUCUCGGCUCUCCUUCUCCCUGCCUCGCCAACGCCGCCGCCGGAGGAGGAUUGAUGUCCCUUCAGCAUCAUGCAGCCGCCGCCGAGGAAGGUGAAAGUUACACAAGAACUGAAAAACAUUCAAGUUGAGCAGAUGACAAAACUUCAAGCCAAACAUCAAGCAGAAUGUGAUUUGCUUGAAGAUAUGAGGACAUUCAGUCAGAAGAAGGCUGCUAUUGAAAGAGAGUAUGCACAGGGUAUCCAGAAGUUGGCUAGUCAGUAUCUGAAGAGAGAUUGGCCCGGAAUAAAAACUGAUGAUCGGAGUGAUUACAGGAGCAUGUAUCCUGUUUGGAAAUCUUUUCUCGAGGGAACAAUGCAGGUAGCCCAGUCUCGGAUCAAUAUAUGUGAAAACUAUAAAAACUUCAUUUCUGAGCCUGCAAGGACAGUGAGAAGCUUAAAAGAACAGCAACUAAAAAGGUGUGUGGACCAGUUGACAAAGAUCCAGACUGAAUUACAAGAGACAGUGAAAGAUUUAGCUAAAGGCAAAAAGAAGUACUUUGAGACCGAACAGAUGGCUCAUGCAGUACGAGAGAAAGCUGACAUCGAGGCAAAAUCUAAACUUAGUCUUUUUCAAUCAAGAAUCAGUUUACAGAAGGCAAGUGUAAAGUUAAAAGCCCGGCGAUCUGAGUGUAAUUCCAAAGCUACCCACGCGAGGAAUGAUUAUCUUCUUACACUGGCAGCAGCAAAUGCACACCAGGAUCGCUACUAUCAGACAGACUUAGUUAACAUUAUGAAGGCUCUUGAUGGAAAUGUGUAUGACCACCUCAAGGAUUAUUUAAUAGCCUUCAGCCGGACCGAGCUAGAGACAUGCCAAGCUGUGCAGAACACAUUCCAGUUUUUAUUAGAAACCUCCAGCAAGGUGGUACGAGACUAUAAUCUUCAGCUGUUCUUACGAGAGAAUGCUGUAUUCCACAAACCCCAGCCCUUCCAGUUCCAGCCUUGUGACAGUGACACUAGCCGACAGUUGGAAUCGGAAACUGGGACCACCGAGGAGCACAGUCUAAACAAGGAGGCUCGGAAAUGGGCCACCCGUGUGGCACGAGAGCACAAAAAUAUUGUUCACCAGCAACGGAUUCUAGAUGAUCUGGAAUGUCAUGGAGUUGCCGCGUCAGAACAAAGCCGAACAGAGUUGGAACAGAAAAUAGAUGAAGCUAGAGAGAAUAUUCGUAAAGCAGAGAUAAUUAAGUUGAAAGCUGAAGCCCGGCUGGACUUGCUCAAGCAGAUUGGCGUUUCUGUGGACACGUGGCUGAAGAGUGCCAUGAACCAAGUGAUGGAGGAACUGGAAAACGAGCGAUGGGCCCGCCUUCCCGCAGGGACCAGUAAUGGAGCCUUACAUUCACUUAAUACAGAUACUGAAAAAGAAGAAGGAGAAGAGUUUGAAGACAAUAUGGAUGUUUUUGAUGACAGCAGUUCCAGCCCUUCUGGCACCUUAAGAAAUUAUCCACUCACCUGCAAAGUUGUUUAUUCUUACAAGGCUUCUCAACCAGAUGAGUUGACCAUUGAGGAGCAUGAGGUGUUAGAAGUGAUUGAAGAUGGAGAUAUGGAAGACUGGGUAAAGGCUCGAAACAAAGUUGGCCAAGUGGGUUACGUGCCGGAGAAGUACCUCCAGUUCCCCACCUCCAGCAGUCUGCUGAGCAUGCUGCAGUCCCUGGCCGCCCUGGACAGCCGCUCCCACACGUCCAGCAAUUCCACGGAGGCCGAACUCGUUUCCGGCAGCCUCAACGGAGAUGCCAGUGUCUGUUUCGUGAAAGCACUUUAUGACUACGAGGGCCAGACAGACGAUGAAUUAUCGUUUCCUGAGGGAGCGAUCAUUCGCAUCUUGAACAAAGAAAACCAGGACGAUGAUGGCUUCUGGGAAGGCGAAUUCAGUGGGCGGAUUGGAGUUUUCCCAUCGGUGCUGGUGGAAGAACUUUCAGCCUCAGAAAAUGGUGACGCUCCCUGGAUGAGAGAGAUUCAGAUCUCUCCUUCCCCCAAGCCGCCGGGCUCCCUGCCUCCACUGCCGCUGUAUGACCAGCCUCCCGGCAGCCCCUACCCCAGCCCAGAUAAGAGGAGCUCCCAGUACCUCCCCCGCUCUCCCUCAGCAAAUGAAAACAGCUUCCAUGCCGAAUCGCCAGGAUUUUCGCAGGCAUCCAGGCAGACGCCUGAGACCUCAUAUGGCAAACUGCGACCUGUCCGGGCAGCUCCCCCUCCGCCCACGCAGAACCACCGAAGGCCGGCAGAGAGGAUCGAGGACGUGGAAGUCACGCUGGUGUGAUGGCGGGUUUGCCCGGCCGUCCUGCUGCAGUCCAGGCCAGGCUCGGGGUCGGGCCAGUCUUACUUGUCAGGCACCUUUGCAUGAUGACGACGUGAACAGAGCAAAGACAAGGAUCAUACGUGACUGGGUGGCCUGGUGGACUCCUCCCACGUUUUGAAUAUGUUGUGCCUUUCUUGGUUGUCAUUUUCUAUGUCAUCUCUCCGACCACAGCACAAAUCUUAGCAGGCCCUAGAGGCAGAGAGGGGGCAGCCCUCGUGCCUAACAGUGGCCUGUUUUUAUAUGAGACUCGAGACCAGGCCUCAUUCAGGGCCCAGUCACAGAGAUACUGACCGUGUACUCUCGUACAGUAUAUUACUGUGGCCACAAGGAUGUGGCAAAGAUUCUCACCUUUCUUCAAGUGGCUUUUGCUCGUCUGGUUGAGUUUAAUCAGACCGUGUUGGCGGCAUAAGGAAGCAAAAGGAGGGGUUUCAGGAGAGGCUGGCUCCUCCCCCAGUUAGUCCUCAGACUAAGAACGUGAGACCUGCUGCAAAGAAGUGGACUGCCCUGCGCUUAGCGCCGUUGCAUUAACGCGCACCUCUCCCACAACUAACCGAUUCAAAACCGUAACAGUGUCCUUUGUCUGGAUGUUUAUGCCGUUCAUCUAGUAUUAGUGGAGCUAACACGGAGGGCUGGACUGGUAGCCAAAUCUCUUCCAUCACAUAGGUAAAUAGAAAGGAGGCUGCGGCUAAAGUAGAAAUGGAGCUUCCAGAUCUUGAAACGAGCCGAUUUAAUGUUCUGUUUCUAUUUGGGUAUUUUUCAUCUUAAUUUUUGCAGCAUAUACUCUUCUGACCAGUAUCCUCAGAACCUGAAUGUCUAGAUAAACUGGGGACACACACUCGCCUUGUUGAGCUUCUCUGCUCGGGAGGCCCGUAGCAUUAUUUUCUUCCCAAGCCAGUCAGCUGGCCCAGACCAGCGGCCACCCACCGCAUAAAAUGCAGCUUCCCAGGUCCACCGACCUGACCUUUCCCUGAGAGGAAGAACCUGAGGCUCAUGGAGGAAACCAGCUUCCUGUGCCGAAGAACGUGAGCGUCACACACCCUGCACAGGUGCCCACCCACGAGGACAAGCGACCCAGGAGCCGCCUUCCCUGCGGGCGGAUGGGCGGGCAGGCGACCCGGCGCCCCGUGCCCAGGCAUCCCGGUGUGAGCCCCUGGUGGCCCUCCCCUCCCAGGGAAGGUGGGAGCGCCCUGCUGAGGGACUAAGGGAUGUUUGCCAGUUGCUUUGUCUUUUUUCUUUCUUUCUUUCUUUUUUUUUAAAGAAAUCAGAUUUGCAGAAUUUAAUCCAAAAGUUGUCUUAACGCUUUGAAAAUUCCAUCCCUCCUAAGAAUCUUUAAACACUUGAAAUGCUCGCCAAAUGUCCCCAUGGGAUUUUUGACCAAAAGUAAGGUCAUAGCUGAGGAAAUUUUCGGUUACUCAUUUGAUCAGUGACAAUAUUCAGCGAUAAUCUUCUCUGUGAUUUGAGGAUUUUUGUUUCAGUUUUUUGCAUUUCUUAACCUGUUGAUCUAUUUGAGGUCUUUUUGUGUUUAUCAAACUUAUUCUUAAGUUUAAAAAAGAAACUGAAAGAGUGGCUUUUUUUUAAGAUUUUAAAGUUCGUUGACAAGUUAAAAAGCCUUUAGAGCACUUUAAAAAUCUUCAUAGUGCUCAGGUCGGGCCACUCCUGCUACCCAGUCUUGUAUUCUCUCUUUAGCUAGCAAAGUUGUCCUCGAACCUGGGUUUUCCACAUUCUCCGAGGGUUAUUUGAAAUCUUUGGUUAUAUUUUAAAAUAUUUUUUGGAAGAGCUGCUAAUUUUAUUUAAAAGAAAAAUACAAAGUUGUAAAAAUAUGCCUCCUUUUUAAAAAGCACCCCUCCCUCCAGGACAUGUAAUCCAGAGUCACAGGGCUGGGCUCAGAGGGAGCAUCUCUGUGCCGAUGUGCUUUCUUUACAGUGGCUGUAAAAACUUUGUAUUUAUUAUGUACAAAAUGUUGGAUAAUAAAAAAUGGAAUUAA